ACGCACGCACAAAUGACAAGAGGCCUACUACUUUGCUCAGCCGGAGGAAGAGUUCCUGCCAGAAAUCUGUCUGUACUGAUGAAGCUGGUUAUGAUCUCUGAUUUACUUUUUCAACACCUUUUUUCUCUAAAUUCUUUAAAUUUUAACUGAAUUUUAAGUGUUCAGAUUUCCAGAUGAAGACUACCAGAUCAGAUUGCAAAUGCAGACUAAAAAAAGUAGAACAAAAUGAGAAAACAGGGCAGGUCUUGCCUAGAAGCAUAACCUGUAGGCGUGGCUUUGGAUCGACAGCAUAUCCGCAACCAGAAACACUGGAUUUCCCACUCCGGACGCUUCCUGCUCAGAGUGCACUUUUUUUUCCGCAAAGCAAUAACUACUGAAAGUGUAACCUGUUAACCAGGCAUGAUGAUGAACUGCUGUGGUCUGGUCACUUCCAAAAAGGAACCAGUUCCUCUGAAGAGUGUGGAGGUGGAGCUGGAGGUGAGGGACCAUGUGGCUACAGUGGUCUCCACUCUGAACUAUGAGAACAAGGAGGACAAACCACUGGAGGCUGUUUUUGUCUUCCCUCUGCCUGGAGAUGCUGCUGUCUGUCACUUCAGUGCUAAGAUUGGACAGACAGAGAUUGUAGCUGAGGUGAAGGAGAAACAGAAGGCUCGUGAGGAGUAUGAUGACGCGUUGAGCUCUGGUCAGCAGGCCUUCCUGUUGGAGGAGAGUGAUCAGAGUCCAGAUAUAUUCUCUCUGAGUGUGGGCAGUCUGCGUCCAGGAGAGAGCGCCUCCAUCAGGCUGGAGUACGUCACUGAGCUGGCUGUGCAGGCUGAUGAAGGGCUGAGGUUUUGUCUGCCUGCUGUGCUCAACCCUCGCUACCAACCUCAGGGGAGUGGAGGUAGUGGAGGUGGCAACGUUCAGGUGACCUCUGUUCCAGCCUCUCUGGUGCCCUACAGUCUGUCUUUCUCUGCCCGAGUGUCCUCUCCUCGUCCAGUCUCUAAAGUAGAGUCCAACUGUCCCCUGGACGCUCUCCAGUACCUCAACACAGAGCAGACCCAGGCUACGGUCAAAUUGGCUGCAUUUCACAAGUUUGACAGAGAUGUUGAACUGCUGAUUUAUUACAAAGAUGCCCACCAGCCCACUGCUGUGGUGGAGGCAGGACAGGCCUCUGCUAAGCCUGGCUCUCUGAUGGGUGAUCCAGUGGUGAUGCUGAGCCUGUACCCUGAGUUCCCCCAGGCUGUGAUGUCUUCAGUCGCCUCAUGUGGAGAGUUUGUGUUCUUACUGGAUCGAUCUGGCAGUAUGGCAGGGUCCCGUAUAAAGAGUGCCAGGGAAACUCUGCUGCUCCUGUUGAAGAGCUUACCAAUGGGCUGCUAUUUCAACAUCUACAGCUUUGGGUCCUGCCAUGAAAACAUCUUCCCUAAGAGUGUGGAGUACAGCCAGAAGACCAUGGAAGAGGCUCUGAAAAAAGUUGAAGAGAUGCAAGCUAAUCUGGGAGGAACAGAGAUCCUUGAGCCCCUCAAACACAUUUACAGCCAGCCCUGCAUUCCCAGUCAACCUAGACAACUAUUUGUCUUUACUGACGGAGCGGUGUGCAACACCAAAGAAGUUAUAAAUCUGGUGAGGAAGAAUUCAGGUUCCCACAGGUGUUUCUCUUUUGGGAUUGGAGAAGGGGCCAGCUCUGCUCUUAUCAACGGGUUGGCCAAGGAAGGAGGAGGUCACGCUCAGUUCAUCACAGAUACUGACAGGAUGCAACCCAAAGUGAUGCAGUCGCUGCGUUUUGCUCUGCAUCCAACUGUGGUGGACAUCUCAUUUAAGUGGGAUUUGCCAAAGGGAGUGUCUGUCACUGCUCUCUCUCCACCAAUCACAGCACUUUUCCAGGGUCAAAGGUCACUGGUUUAUGCCCAGCUCACUGGACAGAGUUCAGAGGCAGCGGAGGGCUGUGUGACGGUGAAGUACAGCCUGGCAGGUCGUCCCUCUCAGAACCAGCUCCACUUCAGUCUCAAACCUGCAGAGGACACUGGAUUACCGGUCCACAGGUUGGCUGCUCGGACUCUGAUUCGCUCUCUGGAGAUGGAGGAGAGAGAGAGCAGAGGAGUGCAAGAGGAAGGAGUGAAGAAAAAGGUGGUGGAGCUCAGUGUCCAAUCAGGAGUGAGCAGUGCCUUCACUGCCUUCGUUGCUGUCAACAAAGGAGACGGCGAGGUGCUUCAAGGACCUCUGGUGGUCAGAAAUGUUCCAACACCCAGGCGGGCGUGGCUUGGGAGUGGCCUCAUACAGCAGCAAAGUUGUAGUAUGGGUAGGUCUGUUCAGUCCUGUCCUAUGCCUAUGAUGGCUAUGGCGCCCACCUGUCCUACUGUCCAGUCCUCCUGGUAUGUCUAUGAUGGCUAUGGCGCAUUCUUUUCUAUCCUAUCGUCCUGUCUCAGAAAGCUGUUUGCCCAAGCAGCCACCCAGAGACCCUUUGCUGCAGCUGGUCUCCCUCCAGAAGGCGUCUGGCUGCUGGGUGCUGGAUCCAGCUCUGGCUUCUGCACUGGGAAAGACCAGCGAGGAGGUGGAAAAGCCCAAGCUUGCAUCAGUGAAUCAGGAAGUAUGGGCCACCAUUCUGGCUCUGAUCUGGCUCCAUGGUUUCAAGAUGGAUGCUCAGGAAGAGUGGGAGCUUCUGGCUAUGAAGGCUGUGUCAUGGCUCCGUGCCCAGAAUGCCCCAUGUGUGACAGAGUGUGUGGAAGCUGCAAAUGCUCUGUUGGGGUUCAAUGUGCAGAAAGACGCCCUGGGACUCUGAGAUUUUCAUUAGAUCAGCUUCUCUUCAGGAUUGAAGCAGAUUUACUCGAUCCAAGAUUUUGUUUUGAACAUUGUACCAUACUAUUUACCUAGCAACAAUUAAAUAUUGUUCUUUUAUGUUUUUC